AUGCCGUCGUCCCCCUCUCCUGCGGCUUCGGCCGCCAGCCUCGACACUGGUCCGCCCUCGCUCGAGCAGCUCGUCGCUCACUUUGUCUCGUCCAAGCGCUCCCUCAGCUCCAUCCAUGACGUCUACCGCGCCAAUGACAUCGUCACUGCUGCCCGCCGCCUGCUCGAGGACGACGCCGUUCUCACGGCCAAGGUCGCCUUUGUGCGUCAGGGCAUCAAUGACCAGCUGCGCAACCUGGGCGCCAUCCGCCAGGGCAUCGAGCAGAUUGUCGUCGAGGGUCGCGUCGAGUUCGAGAACCUGCUAGCUACGCUGGAUGACUUCUCUCACCACCUCCUGACGACCCUCGACAUGCUCCGCGACACGCCCAUCCACGGCUCCCUCCAGCCCCCCGGCGCCGAGCAGAGAUACCUCUUCGACUUCAUCGACACGUCCAGCGUCGACGAGCUCAACGCCUCGCUGCGCGCCUGCAUCGACCGCACCAACGACGCGUCGUCGGCUCUCACCGACACGCUCGAGCACUUUGGCACCUCGAUCAGGAACAUCACGCAGUCGCUCGUCUCGACCAACGCGCCGACCGACCCGUCCCCGACCCCUUCGUCGUUCCUGGUCCUCGAGAACCACGCCACCGAGGCCGCGGCUCUGCUACAGUCUCUGGUGCGCCACUACGACCUCUGCGUGACGGCCAUCAAGCACACGGAAGGCGGAAACGAGGCAGCCACGCGCGCAACGUCGGACGACCCGCUCCCGACGGAGCUCAACCACCCGCACCUGGACAACGCGGCGCUGCCGCCGAUGAGCGCGGCGGAGCGGGCCGACAUGCUGGCCGUGCUGGUCAACGACGCGGUCGAGGUCGAGGACGUCGUGGCCGAGAUCCACGAGCGCGUGUCGGACAUGGAGGCGGUGCUGGGGGAGAUGUCGGCGCACGUGGCGACGGUGCAGGGCACGUACGCGGGGGUGAUGCACACGUUCAGGCUGCUCAAGGGCGCGGGCAACGACAUCCCGACGCACAUGUCGGCGUGCCGCGUGUUCCUGGCGCGGUGGGCCGACGAGCGCUCCAAGAUCGAGCAGGGGGUGCUGGCGCUCGAGGGGCUCAAAGAGUUCUACGACGGCUUCCUGGAUGCGUACGACGGGCUGCUGGUGGAGAUCGGGCGGCGGCGCGACGUGCGCGUCAAGAUGGAGGCGAUAGCGCGCGAGGCGGUGCGCAAGAUCAACCGGCUGUACGAAGACGACGUGACGGCGCGCAACUCGUUCCACGCGACCCAGGGGGACCACCUGCCCUCGGACAUCUGGCCAGGGCUCGUCGACCCGCCGCCGCGCUACAGCAUCGCCAUGUCGACGGCUGACCGGCGCGACGGACACGGCCACAGCCACGGCCAUGGUCAUGGUCAUGGCGGCGAGAACGACGCCGGCGAGGAAGGCGCCGUGGGGCUCCGCGAUAUCAGCAUCCCGCAUUUGCCGGACGAGGUGAUUGCGGCAGCGAGGAGGCGCAUGGAGGCGAGGCGGUAG